AGAGUAACCAUCGGUGCAUGAAAGCUUAACAUUAUACUGUUUAAAGUGUACUAUACAGAAUGAAGGACAGACGGUGUCGAAUUGUGCUAUUUUAAUCAUGGGAAAUAAUGAUCAAACUUCCUAGUUCCAUAAAACCGGAUUUUCGGGGAAAACAUGAUACUGUACCUUCCAAUAAUCAGCAUCUUUUGCUUGAUACCUGGCACUGGUGCUCUGUCUGACACAGAUGUUGGUGUGGUAGCUGCAGGUGUCAUUUCCGGUUUGAUACUCAUUAUACUUGUCGUUGGAGUUCCUAUUUUAAUAUUUUAUUUGCGAAAAAAGAGAAAGAAGGCAGAACCAAAAAGAGGUCCACCAAAGGAACAUUUCGCCAAUGGACAUGCACCGAAACCAGCUGUUAAUGGCUAUCCAAAGCCUUCCCCAUAUGUGCCUCCACCGCAACCACGUCCACAACCAAGACACGGACCAAGACAUCCACCUGCAACUCAUUUAGGUUCACACAGAGGUGUUCCGACAGUAUUUAUCACACCACAUGGUUCACAUGCUGGGACACCGCACGGAUCACAUAGGGGAACGCCACAUGGGUCAGUAAGGGGACACAUGAGAGGAGGAUCUGCACGAAUUGUAUUUACACGUGGUGGUCGUCGUCCCCCAAUGAUGUUCCCGAUGGGAUCUGGAGGCCCGAGAGGUCCAUAUCCUUACCAAAUGGGACCUAGAGGAAGAGGUGCUCCUCCUCAUGGUUAUCCUGGACCAUAUGGUUAUCCAGAUCCAAUGAUGUAUCCGUACUUCUUCCCUCCUCCUCCAUUCACAGUGUACGUCGAUGAAUCGGACGACGAUGAUGAGUCGGAUGAUGACAGAAGAUCAAACAGAUCAACAGUGAGGGAAAGGAAAAUGAGGUACCACCGUUCAUUUCUGCCUGAUAGACAAUCAAACAUAGUCAUCAAAGAAAUAGACAGUGACGAGGAAAAGAAAAUACAAGAAGAAGAGAAUAGAAAGAAAAGAGGCAAACGACGAUCUAAAUCAAGAAGCCGAUCGAGAUCUCCCGAACAACGAACACGUGGACACACAUCUCGAUCAAAAUCGCCCGCUCGUAGACGGUCUCGAACUCCUUCACCUGAACGAUAUAGAACAUCGGAUCACCAAGAUUUAUAUACAGAAGUAUCAAAAUCAAGUUAUCGCAGGAAUUCUUCAGCAAGUGGAGGCGAUACAGCAGCUAAAAUCGAUGAAAUGUUUUCUUUUUCAUCCGACGCAAGUGCAAAACCCGGAGACGUUAUAUUCCUACCACCCGGGAAACAUAUGGAUAGGUCUCCGCGAAGACGCGAAUCAUUUCCACUAAGGCGAGACCCUAGUCCACCACCAAGGAGAGACCCAAGUCCGCCAACAAGACGAGAUCCAAGUCCGCCACCAAGACGAGAUCCAAGUCCGCCACCAAGACGAGAUCCAAGUCCGCCUCCAAGGCGAGAACAAACACCACCAUUACGCCGAGAACCAACGCCACCAAGACCAGAACGAAAGCCUAUAAGUUCAGCUACAUCUGAGUAUGCGUAUGCGUCGGUGAUAAGACCAUCUGAAGAGCCGAUCGAAAAACCAUCUACAUCACAUUCUGAGCUUGGUGUAUCAAUGUCAGAAAGACUUCAGAAUAUUGUUGACUCUGGACAUACAACUGUUAUUCACGACCUUGAAAAAUAUAAAUCCGACGAUACUCAGUAUCCUCCUAAAGGACAAAGUCUCUCAAGAACAAGUAAACCCUACUUGUCAAACAGAGACGAUUAUCCGUCAUCAUCGAGUCGCUUAUCUGCAACUGCGAAACCUGAUUUAUAUAGAACGGAUAGAUAUCAUUCUGAUGACUAUAGGCGACCACCUUCUCCUCCAAAUGACAUUCCAAACGAGACGCCAGUUCCAACUCCACGCCAUUCACUUAUCAGAAGACCACAAACUCCCCCAAACGACAUACCCAUAUCAUCUCGUUCUGACAGACCAUCAACUCCUCCAUUUGAUGGAGAUGACGUAAGCAGAAGCACCUCAACACCAGCACCAGAUCGGAGAGUACCACCACCUCCACCUUUACCUCCAACACAACCCAAAAACAAUGAUUCUAGACCAAUAAAUGCUCGAAAUCCGACAACUUUGGGCAGUACACAGCACGUGCGAGCUGCUUUUUCUAGCCAAGUACUGGAAGAACUUAAAGAGAGACAUCGAAUGCCCGAAACGACUGUGGAUGACGAUGACGACACUGAUUCCGCAAGGAAUAGGGCUGUAAACUUUUCUGCUUCGCCACCCGAGAUUAUUCCUAGAUCGCAACCUAAUAGUCCCAGAGGAUCUCAAAACUUAAACCCCGAGAACCCUCCAAUGGAACGUGCUCCACCCCCUCCUCCGCCUCCUCCACCACCACCACCUCUACCAAAAUAAUCUUUUGAUAGGAUAUCGAUAGCAAUUAUAUGUUUUUUGGCUAUGACAGUUUUUUAAAUAACUUAAAUAUAUGAAAUGAAAACGGAAAUAGCUGCCGUUAUAAAACUUUGUUCAUAUCUUUUCUUAUAAUACAAAUGCAACCCGAAUUGUUUUUAAUGAGAAAUAAUAUAUAUUUCCACAUAAUACAUUUUAGAUAUUAAAGAGUCCUAUUACGUAAACUAGGUACCCGAUAUGCCAAAUAGCAUUGCAUGCAUGUAGUGAGGAACGUUAGUUGUAUAUUCUCUGAUGCUGCUUGUAAGUUAAUGCUGUAUUCAUUCUUGUGGUCUAAAAUAUUGAACUCGACAAGACUGUUUUGAUAAUCCUAACAUUAUAGAUGGCUAACCAACUAACAAUGGGAUUGUUCUUGGAAUCUGACAUUUCUGCAUGAGUUAGAUUGAGACACUUUAUUUUGAUGAGUACGAAUUGCAGGGCAAAAUAAUAUAUGAAUGAAACGAGAGAAGAGAUGUGCGUCAGUAAGACAGCAACCCAAAGCAAUAAAACAUAAAAAAAACAUGAUCUCUGCAUUACAAUGUAAUAGUACUUUACAAACAUUCACCUUACCAAAUGCAAUGACGAGAAUAGCUACUUGCUGAGAAGGGCAAACAUAUAAAGACAUGCAUGCACGUGUAGUGUUAGUGUUUAGUUUUACCUUUUCUAUAGUUGACAAUCACAACUCGCAAAUACCCUUUUAUAAUCGAGAGCCAAUUCCACGAAAUUUGAAGGGAAAAUCUGUGUAUGAUUAUUUUGUUAUGAAUUUUAUCAUUGUUAGUCAUAUUUAAUAAUGACAGUAUAGUAGAUGGCUGUAUUAUUUGCUCAGACGUCAGCAUAGGCUUUAUUUUAUUACUGUUAACCGUGUUAUAUACAACGUGGAUGCUUUAAUAUCACAUGAUAUAUUAUGAUAAACCAAAAUACCCCGGUUCUUGAGGAAAGAAAGCUUUAACGAUGUAUUUAUUUUAAUCUUAUUUCUAAUAAGUAACAUUCAGUGUCAAACACAUAUUGUUCACCAGUUAAAUUCAAUACCAGAUGAAGCAUUUAAGUGAAGACAGAACUUGCUAUGAUAGCCUUAUACACACAGGCACUUGUUUCUGUCAAUGGGGGGUUUACUAUCCACACUUGUAAAGAAUUUCGUACAAAUGUGGAUAGUAAACCCCCCCCCCCCCCCCCCCCCCCAUUGACAGAAACAAGUGCCUGUGCUUAUACAUAAGAGCGAGUGCAGUGACUGAUAGCCAAAUGUGGAUCAUAUUUAUAUAAAGUAUAGAAUUUUAACGAAUGAAUUCUUGAAAAAUUAAGAAAUCAAUGUCGCCAUAAUUUCUCACACUUAUCAAACCUAUUUGAAUUUUUGAGGGAGGGGGCCAAACAAUAUAGCAGCUGUUUAUCUCUUGUAGCACACAUGGUGUGACUGAGUGAAUAAUACAUUAUUUGAUUUGUUUUGUAUCAGGUGCUUGAAUAUUAGCUUUCUAACAUUGCUUCUUCCUGAAUGAAAAUAUGAUAUGAUCACAAAUAGAUUUAACCCCGCCACAUUUUUUAUGUGCCUGUCCCAAGUCAGGAGCCCGUAGUUCAGUGGUUGUCGUUGGUUCAUGUCUGUCAUAUUUGUUUUUCGUAAAUUGUUUUGUUAUAAAUUAGGCCGUUAGUUUUUUCAUUUGAAUUGCUUCAUAUUUUUCAUGUCGGGGCCUUUUAUAGCCGACUAUACGGUAUGGGUUUUUCUCAUUGUUGAAGGCCGUACGGUUGCCUAUAAUUGCUUACAUCCACUUCAUUUGAACUUUGGUGGAUAGUUGUCUCAUUGGCAAUCAUACCACAUCUCCUUAUUUUUAUAUGAAAAGAUGAAUAUUUGUGUUGACUUUCCUUCUGGCUGAAUUUGAAAAAAAAAAUCCUUUAAAAAAUAACGCUUUUUGGUACUUUUUUUGCAAAUUUAGUAAUAUAUUUAUAAUAUUUUUUUAUAGAUCUUUAUGCAAUGUUCAUUUCUUUUAAUAGCUUACUUGUAUAUAUGUCAUUUUAAUUCACUAAGUACUUGCAUUCACUUGAUAAACAUUUUAGUUUUGCACACCUUACUAAAUAAGAGAUCAUCAUUAUCCUUGUUUGUCGGUUCCCUUUACUUUUAUAUAUACUCAUUUUAUUACUGUAAACAUUGAAGACGUUUUAUAUAAAGUAUAUGAUAUAUAUUUUACGGUUAUAUAUUUGUUAUAUUCAUUUAAAAUGAAUAAAUAUAUUUUGAUAAUA